AUGGAUUCUUUUGAAAAAGAAUAUCCAGAUUUGGCAGAUGUUUGCAAACACUUUUGGGGAUUUCAAGUCAAAAUAACUACUCCUGUUUUCGUGUGGUUGCGUGAUCAACUGGCUGAAGUUUUCCCAACCACUGAAAAAGAUUUGUGGUACAUAGAACACGCCAAAAGCACCAGCACCACCUUGGAAGUAUCUGAGGGAGGAAAAUUGUAUUGGUCCUAUAAAGAAGUUAGAAGAAAGUAUCGAAAAGUAGGAAUUAUCGUCGACGACGACGACGACAUUGAAGAAAAUGCCACUGAUAAAGCAGCUUCAAUAAGUACAGAGUCUGCCAAAAAACAGCUUUUUGCUUCAUUUUACGACUGCUUGAUUGAUGCCGAUCGAGAAAAGUAUAACGACGUUAUAGUUUCAGCAAGGUGGACAGACACUUUCAAGCAGAGGAUCGAUUUGUUGUGUAAAAAAGAAGGAAAAAAUUUCCUAUUAACACCGACACUUUAUGUUCAUUCGUUUAAAUGCCUUCUAGAUCACUCGUCAAUAUCAUUGUUGGUAUCUGAUUUUGAGACUAUAAUUAACGAAUUUUAUAUUUCUACUAAAAUAACUACCGAGUUUUAUGCAAGAAGUGAAACUUUUUUUGAAACUCAAUGGCCAAUCAUCGCUGAAAAAUUUAUGGCAAUUGUGAAAGUUGCCUCUGGCCAAAACAUAAAAAAUUUCAAGAAAAAGCACCAACCUUUAAUAGAUGCAGGUAAACAUGACAAUCUAUUGGCUCUUUUCGCUUUGCCAUGGUACUUGAACAACACUCACGAAGGGAUCACUAGAAAGCAAGCUGCAGAUGCUUUUUUUCUACAUCUUAAGGAUGAUUCAAAUUUAGCUGUAGAUAGGGAGAAUCACGAAAAAACUCUAGAAAAACUUUCUAUUAGGAUACCUUUGUAUGUAAUUUUAUGUGGAACGAUUGAAUCAAUUUCAAAAUCUUAUCUUGUAUUUAAUGGAACUAUUAUAAGUUAUUCUAAUCCGUUCAAAGCUAUUUUAACUUGCAUUAAGUGUCAAGCAGCUCUGCGUUCAUGGCCCAUUGCCUGUGAGCCAAUUCAUGCUUUUUUUCAAUUUAUUAUCUAUAAGAUACCGAUGAAUAAGAGCUUAUUUUUUGUCUAUAAGACUCAUGCUGUGACAAAAAACUUAAUUGAAAAAUUGCAAAUAAAUAAGAAAUAAGGUUUUUUUUCAAAUGUUAA